UAGAAAAAGUGAACUUGAAAAAGAUAUAAGCAAUCAAGAACGCGAAGGAAAAGAAUCAACAAACAAAAACACGGACCUGAAUAUAGUAAAACUAGAGAAAGUGGAGUCCGAUAACUUACAUGAAGACACACUUCCGAUGGUAGAACCGCUUAUAAAUGACGAGCCUACUAUAAAACCUGUAGUAGGUUUCAAGCGCACACGUAUUAUAAAACCAAAAAUAAUAUGGGACCCUGACGCACCAGAAACUCAAAUUUCAUAUGCGCAAUUCGCACGCAACAGUUCCAAACUAAAUUUGGAUGCUGAAAGCCCGUCUUCAAAGAUAGUAUCGCAUAAAACAUCUGCAUCUAAAAAUCAACACAACGAGUUGAAAGAAAAGAAAUCAUCUUUACAACGCCAAAAUGAUCCUGAAAAUAAGCAACAUCGGGGAUCAGAGCUAAAAGUAUGUUCUGGCUCCCCUGCAACAAAGAAAAAGGAAACUAGGUCCUCAUCGCCUGCAGGUAACUCUUCAAAUCGAAAUAAAAAUGUCAGUCAAGAAAAUACGAUGAAAACUCAGUCACCCGUGAAACGGCGAUCUCAGACACCUAUCAUAAAUGGAACUGGUAGUGGUGCUGGUUCAAAGAAAAAAAAGUUAAGUGAAAUCGACCGUUUAGUAAGCGAUGAAGGUGCUGCUAAUAUGCUACAUUCCUUGGAGAGCGAGAGAAGUAAAUUAAUUGCAGAACAAGGUGUCGAUAAGCCACAAAAACAUUUAAUGCGCAGCCGCGCAGCUACAAUUUCAGAAAAGAUAUUGAAGAGAGAAUCUACACCAACAUCUGGGAAAACAACACCAACAUCUGGGAAAACAACACCCACUCCAACCAAUAGUGGAGGUACAAGAAACAAGCGUACUUCUAAACAAAAACCAUCAUCAACUUGGGAUUAUGUGUAUAAACAAAAAGCUAGUGAGGAUGCAAUGAUUAUUAGACGACGCUCUAAUAGUUCUUAUUCGAGCAAUGCGUCAGUGCGACGUCUUAGUUUAGAUACAGCAAUACCGAAUGCUCAAAAUGUCUCCAAAACAACAGCAACGACAAAAGCUGGGCAACAAAAAAUAACACCGACCACGACUACUGGUACAAGCAGUUCGGUAACAAAAACUACCCAAAGGAGUUUGUUAAAAACGUCAAACGAAAAUAAUAAUGCAUCUGUUGAAAGUUCUGAUGCCAGCAUAAGUGCCAAAAUAUCCGCUGGCAACUCUUUUGAGUUCGCUAAACCUGAAUCAAAAUCUAACCAAAAAAACAAUAGGCGUGUAAAGGGUGUCAGUCAUGGUGAAGAAUCCUCGACAAAUGAAACUAAAAAGCCAACAGUAACACCUGGUACACGAAAAGGCUCCCGUAGCCCAGCCAGCGUCGAUGAAAGAGACAAAAACAAGAGCACCGGAGUAAGCGCAAAAGUAUCUCCGAAGCAGACGAAAGAGGAUUCCCCGGCCGGAUCCAAUGCUUCAGACGUGGUUGUAAAAAAAGUUGCAAAGGUUGCACAAAUAGUGUUCAACACCCAGAAGGCGAAAAUUAAUUAUACAUUCACCGCCCAGGUAUAUUUUAUUCUUUUUAUUUAUUUGAAAAUUUACGGACAUACCUAUUUCCAUAAUGGACCUAAUCUAAGUC